AUGGCCAUGGGAAGCACGCUCGGCUCGGCAGACAUGACCAAGAAGUCCCGAUAUAUCGCUCUUGCAGUCGUCAGCCAGCUCCUCUGGGGUACUUACCCGGCGCUCUCGCGCUACCUCCAGACUCGGGUUCCCGGCGAACCGUCUGCUUCGGCCGUCCUCGCGGCCGUUCUCGUCAUCGCGCUCGUCGCCAUCGUGAUCGAUGUGGCUCGGUUGAUCGCUGAGCGCCACGUCGCCGCCACUGUCACCACCUCUCGUGCCACCGAGUCGGCGCCACCGGCCUCGCCUCUCAGCCCGUGGCCACCGUGUGCCGCGGCAGUCCGCGGGCUUGUGAUCUACUGCCUCUUCACGCUCGGCCGAAUGGGCAUGAACAUGGUAGCGUGCGGCCUGACCUAUGCCUACAUCAACGCGCUCGUGAUGCUGACGCAGCCCUUCACCGUCGCUGCGCUCGAACGAGCUCUCUUCGGGACGGCGAUGCCGCCUGGGCUCGGCCGGCUGCUCUUUCUGAGCACAGCCGGCUCGCUCCUCGUCAUCAGCGCGCAGUCCGGGCUUCUCGGGAGCGCGACCACUCCAGUUGACACGCGCGCCCUCGGCCGCCGCGACUAUGCGGGCAUUGCGCUCCAGUUUCUGUCGAUCCUCUGCUCGACCGGCGGUAGGCUGACCGUCAAGGGCACGAAGAAGCUCGUCACGCGGCACGAGCUUCUGAUGGCGCAGUUCGGCUUCACCGCGGCGCUCCUCGGCGGCGUGACCGCCGCGGCCGACCGAGCGUCAUGGCGAGCGCUGCUCGAGAUGCGGGCGGACGGGUGGGCGUGCCUGCUCCUCCUCGCGCUCGGAGUCUACGUCGUCGGCCAGAGUCUAAACGUGCUCGUCAUUCGCGAGCUGUCGGCGACCCUCCUCACGUCGCUCUCCUCGCUGCGCUUGGUCGUCGCGACCGCCUCCUCGUACGCCCUUCUCGGCGAGCCAGUGGCCAAUUGGCUGCAGUGGCUGGGCAUCUUCACCGUGCUCGCCGCCGUCUCGCUGUACGUGACCGUGCAGUCGAGCGACGACGCGCCGCUGCCGGCGGCGGCCGGGGCUGUCGUGGAGCGCUCCCCUCUGGUGGGACUGACUUUGGUUGCGAGCACUUGUGUGAGCCAGAGCGUGGCUAGCUGA